AUGGAAUGGUCAACAACGAGCAAUGUUGAAAACAUGAGAGUUGCUUUUAUGCCACCGCCGUGGCUGGAGUCUAACUCCAACUUGUUCCACAGCUUGAACUAUGAUCCGUAUGCAGGAAAUUCGUCUACGCCUGUCCUUAGGCAAACCGGACCGGUUAUCUCUGUCCAAUGUCCAAGUAACAACGACGAGAUGAUGGUAAAAAAGAAGAAGAGACUAACGAAUGAACAAUUAGCGUCACUUGAAGAGAGUUUUCAAGAAGAUAUCAAAUUAGAUACAGACAGGAAGAUGAAGCUGUCGAGGGAGCUUGGUCUGCAGCCACGUCAGAUAGCGGUUUGGUUUCAGAACCACCGUGCACGGUGGAAGGUGAGACAUCUCGAGGAGUCGUACGACUCGCUAAGGCAAGAGUACGACGCCGUCUCACGUGAGAAUCAAAUGCUACACGAUGAGGUGAGGAAGCUUAGAGGGAUAAUACUAAAAGACCAUUUGAUGAGGUGCCAAUCAGAUCAGAACAGCAAUCAAAUCUCCGGAGGAAGUCAAAUUUAUGGUGUUGGUCAAUACAGUAUCCCUACCUUCGUUGCUUCACCUUGCUGCCCCCCAAUAUCCCAUCCGCCUUAUCCGUGUUAG